AUCAUUACAAUAGCCGGGGAGGGCCCCUCUCCUCGGAUGACGGUCCCGGUUAUGGGAGGGUACGGGAGGCGGGACCAGAUCAGUGUCCGUUCCUCGGAGCUUGCGAGUCUGGGACUAGGGCUGGAGAGAUCGCCGGUGAGCAUCGUCACCACUCCAGCACGGAGCCUCGCUUGGCCGAACGCUGCGCCGCGCACUCGUCGGGAUUGCACAACAUUCCUGAGAAAUAUACCUGCUAUUUAUGGCAUGUGGCUGGUAACUUUAUUCCUGCUGUACUCUUUACAAGAAGUGAACAGUGAAGAUGUGGUCUCGACGCGGCUGUACUUUGUAAACGCCUCCCUGCAGCGAGUGACCUUCUCCAGCUCGGUCGGGGUGUCCCUGCCCUGCCCCGCGGGCGGCGCACCCCAUGCCGUCCUGCGCUGGUAUCUGGCCACCGGCGACGACAUCUACGACGUGCCCCACAUCCGCCACGUGCACGCCAACGGCACCCUCCAGCUCUACCCUUUCUCGCCAUCAGCCUUCAACAGCUACAUCCAUGACAACGAAUACUUCUGCACCGCAGAGAACCAGGCCGGCAAGAUCCGCAGCCCCAGCAUCCACGUCAAAGCAGUGUUCAGGGAGCCCUAUACGGUGCGGGUGGCAGACCAGCGGUCCAUGCGGGGCAACGUGGCCGUGUUCAAGUGCCUCAUUCCCACCGCAGUGCAGGAGUACGUCAGCGUGGUGUCCUGGGAGAAAGACACCGUCUCCAUGGUGCCAGGGAACCGUUUUUUCCUGACGUCGUUCGGGGCCCUGUACAUAUCAGAGGUCCAGAAGGAAGAUGCCCUGUCCACCUACCGCUGCAUCACCAAGCACAAAUACAGCGGAGAGACUCGCCAGAGCAAUGGAGCCAGGCUGUCUGUUAUGGACCCUACGGAGUCCACCCCCUCAGUGUUGGACAGUUUCCAGUCCGGAGAGGUCCAGGUGGGGCAUAAUGUGGAGCUGCCCUGCAUCGCCUCGGGCUACCCCAACCCCACCAUCCGCUGGCUGAAGGACGGGCGCCCGUUGCCCGCCGACUCCCGCUGGACGCGCCGUCUCACGGGCCUGACGGUCAGCGACCUGCGUCUGGGCGACAGCGGCAACUACAUCUGUGAGGUCACCAACAGCUUCGGCUCUAAAGAGGUGACCGGUCAUCUCAACGUCAUCGAGCCGUUGAGAGUGACUCUAUCUCCUAAGAACCUGAAGACGGGCAUCAGCAGCACAGUGAUUCUGUCGUGUUCCGUGCAGGGUUCUCCCCACUUCACCCUGUCCUGGUACCGCAACACAGAACCCGUCCUCCCCGACCAGCACUUCUCCAUCCAGGGGGCCCACAAUGAGACCCUGUUCAUAUCCGCUGCCCAGAAGAGACAUUCGGGAGCCUACCAGUGCUUCGCCACCCGCAAGGGCCAGACCGCACAGGACUUCUCCAUCAUACUGCUGGAGGAUGGUACGCCCCGUAUCGUGUCCUCCUUCAGUGAGCGAGUGGUGGUCCCAGGGGAACCCUUCUCCCUCAUGUGUGCUGCCAAAGGCGCCCCUCCCCCCACCAUCACCUGGACUCUGGAUGAUGAGGCUGUGGCCAGGGACCCGUCUCGGGUGAGGGCCAGCCAGUACACGCUGUCGGACGGCUCCACCGUGUCCCACGUCAACGUCAGCAGCCCGGAGAUCCGCGACGGAGGGGUGUAUCGCUGCGCCGCACGCAACUCGGCCGGUAGCGCCGAGUACCAAGCGCGCAUAAACGUAAGAGGUGCCUGUAUAUCCCUCUGUGUGAUAGCUGUGGUCUGCCCCAGGUAUAUCCCUCUGUCCCAGGUAUAUCCCUCUGUCCCAGGUAUAUCCCUCUGCCCCAGGUAUAUCCCUCUGUCCCAGGUAUAUCCCUCUGUCCCAGGUAUAUCCCUCUGUGUGAUAUCUGUGGUCCGCCCCAGGUAUAUCCCUCUGUGUGAUAUCUGUGGUCUGCCCCAGGUAUAUCCCUCUGUCCCAGGUAUAUCCCUCUGUGUGAUAUCUGUGGUCCGCCCCAGGUAUAUCCCUCUGCCCCAGGUAUAUCCCUCUGUGUGA